AUGGCUUUGGCAGCCGCAGGCGUGGCCAUCUUCACCCGCAAACGACGAGUUCAUGCCAAGGCUUCUUCGCUUAGAUCUGGGUGGGAGGCAUGCACGAUUUGCCCAGUGGGCGAGAUCAGGCGAGCGAUCAAGCCAGAAAUCCAGAAAUUGACAGCUAUUCGGACGCUUUCACCUCUCCUUCCUCUCCCGCCGCUCUUCUUCUACUGCCACUGUCAGACUCACAACCUCCCCCUACCCACGUCUCACUUCCGUUUUACCAACCAAUCCACCAAAUCUCCUCUCUCCACCAGCUCCAUCGCGACCAGCCCCUCCGCUGCCGCUGCUGCUGCUGCCGCGUAUUACUCUCCUGCGCCGGAGCCCAACCUGGAUACCCAAUUCGAGGUUCCGACUCUCAAUGUGGAAAGUCUGAGAGAGAGCUACGAUGACGGGAAGGAGGAUGAUCGCUCCUUGAUCUUCACGUGCGUGUCCGAGGAUGGCACGUGCAAAGUGUACGUGGUUCCGACGAAACAUAGCUCUCAGGAGUUAUGUGGAGAAGUAGUAGAGGUGAUCACUUACGUGCGACCACAGGUGGUAGCUACGCGGUUAUACCCGGCUUACGCGAGUAUGCUUGAAUGGCUGAAGCGGAAUCCAAAGGUUGUUAAUAUGCUUGAGGUCCAUCCCAGAGAUGAUUUUCAUGUAGCAUCUGAAGAAUUAAAGAAGUAUGGUGGCAAGGGUGGUCUCUCAGAACAAGUUGCUAAUAUACUUGAGGUCUGUCUCGGACGUGGGUUUCGGGUAGCAUAUGAAAAAGCAAUGGAUUAUGGCAUCAAGGUUAUGGUGUCUCAUUUCCCACUACAAGUUGCCCUGUGUAAUAAGAAGACACUCGUGGAAAUGAUGAAUUUAAUUGAAGCAUCACUUACGUUUGAACAGGUAAGAUUUAUUGCGUUAGAUCUCAUUAUGUUGCAAGUGCUUCUUGCAUGUGGUAUAGUGGACCAUCAGAGAUAAGUCAUUCCGUUAGCUUUAAUAGUUGAUGGUUUAUUCAUGCUAAGUUGUGUCAUGACUAUUCUUUUUUUCCAUCUAAUGUUUAUGCUUAAAUUUUUUUGUUGCUUUUGUCAGUGUAUUAUGCUGGCUGGUC